ACUUCCCCUAACUAAGCGUCUAAACAGUUGCGCCUAUAUUCUGCAUUUUAGGUCCGUGUUUAACCAGGCGAACACUUGGUGAAGUUUUGAAAAUAUAUUUUCUCAGACAUUUAAGUCGGAAAGACUCCGUUUUUGAAUAAGUCCUCUUACAUAACGUUGUGAAAUUAUUCUUAACAAUGGAUGAUCGGAUGGAUAUAAGCUCCACGACACCAUCGCAUGGUUUUCAGCGUGAAGAAGAAGAAUUUUACCGAGCAGACAAACACAAGAACUCGUUGACGGAUGAAGGAGCCGAUUUCUUGGAAAGAGAGGCAGAUGCUAAUGUUCUAGAGGACGAUGAUAUAUUAGAUCUGGCCGGAGGAGCGAAAGAUGCGCUGGAGAGGCACAGGUCCACACUGCCACGUACCGAAGAACCUCCUCUGUUGGACUUUACAGAUCCAGAACCAUCAUCCACCUCGAAACCAGAACCAGAAGCUGUCAAACCAGCACCGAUCACUGCGUCUGGAGACGCAACAACAAAACCGACGAAAUCAGAGGAAAAAGAUGAGAAAAUAGUUACGCCAUUCAAAUCGAAGUCUUGUUGUUCAUUGGUGGACCUGCUGUAUUGGCGAGAUCUGCAGAGGACGGGGGUGGUGUUUGGAGCCAGUCUGCUUCUGCUGCUGUCCCUCAGCGUGUGCAGUAUCAUCAGCGUGAUCUCUUACGUGGCCCUUGCCCUGCUGUCUGUCACCAUCUCCUUCAGGAUAUACAAAGGCAUUUUACAGGCUGUUCAGAAGUCAGAGGAUGGACACCCCUUCAAGAUGUAUCUGGAUAAAGAUAUCGGGAUCUCUUCGGAGUUGGUUCAGAAGUACAGUGACACGGCUCUGGCGCACAUCAACUGUGUGAUUAAGGAGCUGCGACGACUCUUUCUGGUGGAGGAUCUGGUGGACUCGCUCAAGUUUGCAGUUUUCAUGUGGAUCCUGACUUAUGUUGGUGCCUUGUUCAAUGGUCUGACUCUUCUUAUUAUGGGUCUCAUAGGUACUUUCAGUUGGCCAGUGAUCUAUGAAAAGCAUCAGGCACAAAUUGACCAUUACUAUGGACUGGUGAACAAGCAAAUCAAAGAUGUUAUGGGAAAGAUCCAGGCCAAGAUUCCCGGAGCAAAGCCUAAGACUGAGUGAAGAAAGUUAGCUAGUGUGUUAUUUCCGUGCACGAGAAGUGAUUGUGGAACAAGCGAAGAUGGACAGAAUCGUGUUUGGUUUGGACAAAGGCCUUCGACGAUGCAAUGUAAACUUUACCCCCCCCCCCCCCCCCCCCCACAGUGUUUGAAUUGCUAGCCUAACUGAGAAUGAAAUCUUUUUAAACCUCUUAUCAGUUUCUCUCACAAGCAGAGUCAUCAGUCUUUCACAGUAGAUCUAGUUCUCCAUGUUUGAAGUAAACGCAGCUAUGUAACACCAUUACAGAAUGUAGUCUGAGGAACUGAUAACUGAAAAGCAGGAAUCAAUGAGGUUUUUUCAUUUACUAUUCGGUCAUUUUGAUUAAUUUCAGUAUGAUAAAGGGAGUGAAUUGUUUUGGGUACGAAGUUCCUUCACAGCAAGUCUUUUGUUUUUAGACGUUUUUUUUUUCUUUUCGUUUGUACUUGGCAUGCUAGGACACAGUGGUGUUGUGAUGUAACUGUGUGAAAGUGGAUGCAAUUCAGUUGUGUUAGAGGUGAAGAGGCUUCUAGUCUUCUGUAGCAGAGUUUAAGAGCAGUUUUAUUUCACACUUGUCUUCAAAGGGAUCUGUUACGGCAUGUUGCACCCAUCUAUUCAUUGUUUUUAGCUGUUUAGUUAAACACUUAAAAGCUAGAAUGUAUGCUUUGUUGGCCGAUCACCUUCGUGUCAUGUCAAAAUCAACAACAUGUUUGCAGAAUUUGCCGUCUCCAUCGUAGAUCGAAUACCUGAAACGGCACACGCUCUAAAAACUCGCAAACUUCAAGCACUGUUUCUUCAUGCAGGUCAUUUGUAAAUGAUAAUUCAGUUUUGAUGAAAAUAUGCUGAAGACUGUCUGUGAAAUGCAUUGUGAAAAUAAGCCAAUAAAGUACCAAUAAAGCUUGUAGACAAACUA